AUGGAAAUGGAAAGCCAGAGAAGAACGGAACUGAGCAAAGAAGACUUAAUCGGGGAGAGGAACCAAGGCUUAGGUUUCUGUGGUUGGGUUAUCUUCAUCCUGUCUGCUGUGUUUGCAUUCCUCACCUUUUUCAUCAGCAUUUUCCUCAGUGUGAAGAUUGUUAAGGAGUAUGAACGUGCUGUUAUAUUCAGACUGGGACGUAUCACAAGCAGGAAGGCCAAGGGCCCGGGCAUUUUCCUGGUUCUUCCCUGCACCGACACAUUCAUCAAGGUGGACCUGAGGACGGUAUCUUUUGACAUCCCUCCUCAGGAGAUCCUGACCAAAGACUCUGUGACUGUCUGUGUGGAUGGUGUCGUGUACUUCCGUGUCAGUGAUCCCAUUUUGUCUGUGGCUAAUGUGACCAAUGCAGACUACUCCACUCGUCUGUUGGCUCAGACAACCUUGAGGAACAUGCUGGGAACCAAGAACCUGUCUGAAGUUCUGUCUGAUCGUGAGGGAAUCUCACAUGGCAUGCAGAUGUCUCUGGAUGAGGCCACAGAUUCAUGGGGCAUUAAGGUGGAGCGUGUAGAGAUUAAGGAUGUGAAGUUGCCCAUGCAGUUACAGAGAGCCAUGGCCGCGGAGGCAGAGGCUGCCCGUGAAGCCAGGGCAAAAGUGAUUGCUGCAGAGGGAGAAAUGAAUGCAUCGCGUGCACUGAAGGAGGCCUCUCUUGUGAUUGCUGAGUCUCCAUCCGCCCUACAGCUGCGAUACCUGCAGACACUCAACACCAUCGCUGCAGAGAAAAACUCCACCAUCAUCUUCCCACUGCCCAUGGACGUUAUGAGUCACUUCAUGAACAAAAAGUGAAAUCCAGCUCCUAAAGUUUACAGUCAAAGCUUAGCAUUGUCUAUAUAGGAGCUCUUCACAAACUUUUUGUAUAGAAAUGUUAGAAAAUGAAAAUGAAUAUAUAUGGACAUGACUUGAAAAAUUCAGUGAGAAUGAAAAAAAAAGAAAA